AUGAUGCUGAAUAAGGUACCAGUUUGCGCUUCGAUAAGAUACCCGGAACUUAGCAUUAAAUCGAGGAGGGGAGUUACUAAAAAAGGAACGAUUAUUGUAAAAAGUAGCGAAGAAGUCGAUUUGUUUUGGGUUUCAAACAGCGAAAAUAAAAAUUUUACUUUGGAGUAUAUUCCCGUUAAAUACGUCGAUUGUAAGAAAAAAAUUUACGAAAGCAACGUUACAAUUAAAUAUGUUGUCCCAGAUAAUUUUGGAACUAUAUUGUUUUCUAACUUAUCGGGAUUAACACCUUUUGUAACUUACAAUUUUACGAUUUUACAUGAAAAUGAAGGAAUUAUUUUAGAACAAGCUAUAGAUAUGUUCCCAAAAGAAACACUUGAAGAAGAGGAUUUGCCAAUAAUACAAACAAAACAAGAUCAUUUUAAUUUAGAAAUUUCAUUAUCAUUAUUUGACUGCAAAAAAAUACAAGGGCAAUUAUUCUAUAUCUUAACAGUGGAAGGAAAAGAUCCAUGGAACGAAGACAUCAAAACAAAAACAGUUACAAAAAGAUUUUAUCGGGGAUCUAUGAGCCACAGCUAUAAAAUAUUGGGUUACUCAACAUAUAACGUUACCAUAUUAUUUUCGAGGAAUGAAAAUUUCUUAAAUAAUCGCCUAUAUCACAACUUCUCAAUUUUAACUGCUCCAACAGCUCCACUUCCUAUACCCAACAUUACAAUGUAUUCAAAAACGGUUUCUUCGAUUUCUCUUCGCUGGUCAAAACCGUAUCCACCUACAGGACAAUUAGAAAAUUAUUUUAUACAAUACUGGGUUGAAACGAGACGUCAAGAACUUCGAGUAGCAAAAAUCGAGAUCGAUUCGAAUUGCAUUUUUUGGCCUGAACUUAUUUGCGGCGAAAUUAACAAUUUAAAAGCAAACGAAAAUUACACGAUUUGUGUUGUUGGGAAAAAUGUUAAUUCGACGAAUUUAAGUGAAUGUACGAAUCCUAUUAACGUUGUAACCAAAGAAGAUCGACCCGAAGCGCCUCUAAACUUUGAAAUUAUUUUGCACGAUCUUGUUAUGGUUGUUAAUUUUGAACGCCCCGAUAAAUCUUAUGGACGAUUAAUCUUUUGUAUCAUAACUAUUGCGAAAAGGAUUUUUAUGUUUUCCAUUGAAGGGGAUGAUAUUAAAUUCUUUUCGAUGGCAAUGAACGUUGAAGAAUUUAGCGCAAAAUACAUAACCGUCGGUUUACAAGUCACCAAUUUAGGAGGAGUUUCAAAUCCUAUAUAUAAAACAAUAAAAACUCCACCGAAAACACCAAUAAUUAAAAGAAGCGCGUUCGUUUAUCUUCCAAAACAUGCUUACGAAGUGUUUAAAUACAAUUGUAGUGAUUUAAACGACGAAAAAAUUUACCAUCACACUAAAUUGUUGCAUACAGAACUUAAUAAGGAAGAUCCAAAGUUAAGCGUUGCUUUAAAAGACGAAUUAAUACACGAGGAAAUUACGCAAACGUUGGUCGUUGUCGUUAGGAAUUCUUUUGACAGUGAAGUAAGAUGUGUAUCAAAACCAUUUUUCUUAAAAUUGGGUCAUAAAACGGGAAGUAUAAAGCGAUUAAACGUUUACGACGUUAGAAGUGAUGUAAUUAUGUGA